GCUCUCCGCCGACCCGAACCUUCCGCCUUCGCUGAUCGCUCUCGUUCGUUCAUACGUACCGCCCGCCCGCCCCCUCGAUUCUUCUCUUAGCAUUCACUGGGGGCCGGCGGGUUGGUUUUUUAGUUGUCGCGUGUUGUUAUUGGCUUGAUUUGCCGCGUGAUCAUCGUUUUCCUGUUCAUUUGCGUCAUACAAACGGUCGUGGCAGGGGGCGCGUGUUGGAAUUCGAGAUUUUUUUUGGCUUGAUUUGUGUGCAAAAUGCUGCUUUUUUUUUCUUUUCCAUGUUUCGUUGUCUGUCAAGACCAUGUUAGGGCGGAGGGAAAAUUCUCCCUUGUAGGAGGCCUAGGUGUGAGAGGGGUUACGCAAAUUAGGGCUUUAAUUGCACCGUUUCAUUGGCUCGGAAUUAGUAACUUUAGCAGUGUGAAAUAAGGAUUUCUCUCUUUAUCUUAGGGUUCUGUGAAAUCCGUGGAGAGCUGAUUAUGGUUUCAGUAGUUCUAGGCUUCUACUUCACAGCACAUGUAGUCUCUCUAUUGUUUCCAGAAUCAUUUGAACUCAGAUAGCUGAUUAGUUGCUGUGUUGUACGAGAUUGUUUUUGUGUGUCCGUCCGAUCAUCUAAUUGACAGCUUUUGGCUUGAUUUGUCGGGGGUCUUUAUGCUGCAUUUUCUUUUCUUUUUUCCUUUCUCAUGAUCAUGCUAGGACGGACGGAUCACAGCUUACAAUUUUGUGGUCUUGUUGUUGCGGGGAUCAUCUGCAAUGACAAGAGUUCAAGAGUUUUCUGGUGCUAUGUCUGUGUGAGAAAAUUUUUGUCUUUGAAUUACCUGUUGCUGGGAUGCUUCACACAAUAUUUGUAACUUAUUUUGUGACAUCCCUAGCAUGUAUCUAACUGCUAACUUUAGUACAGCUAAAAUGGCAUGCAGUAAAUAAAAUUUUUCAAGAAGCAAUUACUCCUCUGCAUUGUGUAUGAAUCUUCCAUAGGAGUAGCAUGAUUAGGGGAACGUAGGCUAACUAAUUGAGGUCACUUCCAUCAGGUCCAUGCAUGUUCAUUUGUUAUCAGUCAGACAAAAUGUUCUAUGCAGUUAUUAUAUCCUGACAUUUUCUCCUCAUGCAGAGCAAAAUGCCUCGAUACGAUGACCGCUAUGAUUAUAAUGAUCGGUACGACCACUAUGGUCGACAUGGUGGUAACACCAAGUUGUACGUGGGUCAGAUUUCUCCAGAUACUCAGAUACAUGAUCUUGAGGACCUUUUCAGCAAAUAUGGGAGGUUUUGGCCUUUGGGGGACUGUCACCCUACCCUGGUGUCGAUGGUGGGAGUUGCCAUUGGUGGAAUUGGUGUCUGUUGCACAAAGAUUUGAGCAGAUAUUAGAAACUCUUCAAAAAGUUCUGCCAUUUUCUUUAAUCCAAAUUACAGUGAUGGCAAAGUAGUGUUUGAUUUGACUGCUGACUGGUGAUACAUUUUUCUUUACUGAGUCUUGAUGGUCUUACUUUCUUGCAGACUGCGGAAAGUGGAUCUGAAGAGGGACUUUGGCUUUGUUGAGUUUAGUGAUCCGCGGGAUGCUGAUGACGCAAGGUAUGAUCUUGAUGGCCGAAAAUUUGAUGGGAGUCGCAUCGUUGUUGAGUUUGCAAGAGGGGUCCCACGUGGUCCAGGAGGUGUCCGUCAAUAUGGCAGAGGACCUCCUCCUGGCCGCUGCUAUAACUGUGGGAUGGAUGGGCACUGGGUUCGUGAUUGCAAAGCUGAUGACUGGAGGGAUAGGUGCUACCGCUGUGGAGAAAUGGGCCAUCUAGAAAGAAACUGCCAGAACAGUCCAAAGGAUCUGAAGCGAGAAAGACGCUACCCAAGGUCUCCAUCUCCUCACCAUGGAAAGGGCCGAGGGAGAAGCAGAAGCUACUCAAGGUCUCCGUCUCCUCGUCAUGCAAGGGGCCGAAGCUGGACUUACAGUAGGUCGCCACCGCCAAGGAGGGAUUACUGUAACGCUCGUGGUGAAGAGUUGGCGUCAAGAAGUGCCCAUUACAGCCCCAACCCCAGGAGGAACCUCCCACCAAGGGAACAAGCUGAACGCAAUGGCUCAUAUCUUGGUGGGAGCCCCAGUAGGGGUGAAGCUCGUGAGAAGCGCCAGUGACCCGGAACUUGAGACUGUGGGGUUGUGAAUUCUCAAACUCUCUCCAACUUCGAUGACUAUGACAAGGCAUUGUCUGAAGAAUCGUAGCUUUUGUGAAGAUUGGAUUGUGAAUUCUCACAGAAGCUCGCCUGAAUGCUGCUAGUUUUGCCGAGGCGUCAUAUCUGAAGGAUCUUGACCGGAUAUGGUUCUCUGUUAAGAAUAUUGCCUGCAAUUAAUUACGUUUCUGUGACCUUGAUGAUCGUGUUGCCUUAACUUGCAAUUUGCUUCUAAGGAUAUGCCAACAUCAAGUUUUAGUGAACGAGAGUCCAUAGCCUGCAAUUGUAUGCAUAUGAAGAUGCAGGUAGCAAGCUAUGCACGACACUAGCGUAUUUAAUCCAUCAUGUGAAUAUGUUAAGCAUGUUGCUGAACAAUCGUGGCACAUCAGGGCCUGCUGGUGAGCAAACAGGUACAAGUGUACAAUAAUAUUUAGCAAAAUAAACAGGGUACAUGAAAAAUUACUUGACGAACA